ACAUAGAAGUGUACUAGUAACUUCAUAAACUAUAGCAAUAGAAAUGGCUAAGAAUAGCUUUAUUUUUCUUCAUGUUUUAGUCAUGUUUUCUCUGUCAAGCAUGGCAUUUUCGAAUUAUCUUUCAGCUUAUUUCUACGAUUUUGUUUGUCCCGAAGCUUUGCCAACCAUAAAACGGGUUGUUGAAGAUGCAGUCAAGCAAGAGAGGCGAAUGGGCGCCUCUCUCCUACGUCUACAUUUUCAUGAUUGUUUCGUUCAAGGAUGUGAUGCUUCAAUUCUUCUUGAUCAAACGGAGACUAUUGACAGUGAAAAGACUGCUAGAGCUAAUAACAAUUCUAUUAGAGGAUUUGAAGUGAUUGACCAAAUCAAGUCGGAGGUUGAUAAAGCUUGCGGACAUCCUAUUGUAUCUUGUGCGGACAUUGUGGCAGUUGCAGCUCGUGACUCUGUAGUUGCAUUAGGUGGACCAACAUGGGAAGUGCAACUGGGAAGAAGGGACUCCACCACAGCAAAUAGAACCAUGGCAAACAACGACAUCCCACCUCCAUUCUUGGACUUACCUGCACUUAUCAACAACUUCAAGAACCAAGGCUUGGAUGAAAAAGAUCUCGUCGCGCUCUCCGGUGGCCAUACACUAGGGUUUGCACAAUGUUUCACCUUCAGAGAUCGCAUAUAUAACGAGACUAACAACAUUGAUUCCACUUUUGCAAGUCAACGCCAAGCCGAUUGUCCACGUAGUGGAGGUGAUUCCAACUUUGCUUCCCUUGAUCCAACACCAGCUCUUUUUGACUCGGAGUAUUUUCGUAACUUGUUGUGCAACAAAGGGCUUCUGCACUCUGAUCAAGCACUGUUUAGUGGUGGAAAAACUGAUAAUCUCGUUCAAAUAUAUAGUACCAACCUUGGGACUUUUGCUAAAGAUUUCGCUGAGUCUAUGAUUAAAAUGGGAAAUAUUAAGCCAUUGAUAGGGAAUCAAGGUCAAAUUCGCGUAAACUGCAGGAAGGUGAACUAAUUAGAGGGAGUAGUAAUUAAUGAUGCUGGUGAAUAAUGUAUUUCAAGAAUUUGAUUAUUUUCAAGUGUAAUCGUGAUCUUUAUUUACUCAUUUGAAGAGCCUCUCUUCCA